UGGCCAGAAGAGCAGCGGUGCGGCGGACGUGACAACCUCUUGUGGUAGGGAGUCACCGGUGUACAAACCCUGUAUAUAUAUUUCUCUGUUUACGACCUAAAACUUAAACAUCAUGGAUGAGGAAUAUGAUUGUAUCGUCCUUGGUACUGGCCUGAAGGAAUGUAUCAUAUCAGGCAUGUUGUCAGUGUCGGGGAAGAAGGUGCUGCACAUGGACCGCAACAAAUAUUAUGGCGGGGAGAGUGCCUCUAUUACGCCCCUGGAGGACCUCUUUACCAAAUUCAACCUCCCACCACCAGAAGAGGCAUACGGCCGAACUAGGGACUGGAAUGUUGACCUCAUUCCCAAAUUCCUGAUGGCUAAUGGUCAGCUUGUAAAACUCCUCAUCCACACUGGUGUUACUCGUUACCUGGAGUUCAAGUCCAUUGAGGGUAGUUAUGUGUACAAGGGCAACAAAAUUUCCAAAGUUCCUGCUGAUGAAAAGGAAGCCUUAACGUCAGAUCUGAUGGGUAUGUUUGAGAAGCGAAGGUUCAAGAACUUCCUAGUAUUUACUCAGGAUUAUCGUGAUGAUGAUCCUACAACCUGGAAAGCUAUGCCAGCUUUUGAUCCCGUUAACACCACCAUGAAUGCAGUUUUUGUUCACUUCAACCUUGACAAGAACACUAUUGAUUUCACUGGACAUGCUCUGGCACUCUACAGGGAUGAUGACUACUUAAAUAAGCCAGCAGGUGAAACACUGAAAAGAAUCAAGUUGUACAGUGACUCCCUUGCCCGCUAUGGCAAAUCACCCUACCUAUACCCUCUGUAUGGUCUUGGCGAGCUUCCCCAGGGCUUUGCUAGGUUGUCUGCAAUUUACGGAGGUACCUACAUGCUGGACAAGCCUAUAGACGAGAUUGUUAUGGAAGGUGGCAAGGUAGUUGGUGUGCGAUCAGGAAAUGAGACUGCCAAAUGCAAGCAAGUGUACUGUGACCCAACUUAUGUGCCUGACAGAGUGGAGAAAGUUGGGCAGGUGGUACGAGCGAUCUGUUUGAUGGAUCACCCCAUCAGUAACACUAAGGAUGCCCUCUCUACACAGAUCAUCAUCCCACAGAAACAAGUUAAUAGGACUUCCGAUAUCUACGUAUCUCUGGUGUCAUAUACACACCAGGUUGCAGCCAAGGGAUGGUUUGUUGCAUUGGUGAGCACUACUGUUGAGACUGACAAUCCUGAAGCAGAGAUCUUGCCUGGCCUCAACCUUUUGGGACCUAUUAAACAAAAAUUUGUGACAGUUUCUCCCAUCUACAAGCCAGUUAAUGAUGGCCAAGAGAACCAAAUAUUUAUUUCUGAAUCAUAUGAUGCCACAUCCCACUUUGAGACCACAUGCUUGGAUGUACUCUCUAUCUACCGCCGAGGCACUGGGGAAGACUUUGACUUCAGUAAGGUGAAGCACAAUCUGGGUGAUGAAGAUAUGUAAGUGGCCCACACAGCAGCUGGCUGGUGCUUAACGGUUGUGCAGCUGUGGUCUUGGACAAGUCAUCACCAUAACCUUCAUAUCUGCUGCCUUCCUUACAUUACUGGCUGGCAUUGGGACCUUCAGAUUGUGAUCUUAGAGCUAGCCCUCAAAUACUUCAUGAAGGAGUCAUGUCGGUACACCAUCAUCAGAUUUUUUUUUUUCAUGAGUUUAUACCAAAGUAAUGAAUUAUUUGAUGAAUAGUUUACUUUUUUAUUGCUAAUGAGAUGACUUUGUAAUUAAUGUUGUGAAUAUACACUAUACAGUGUAGAGAUGGCUAAUUAGUGAUUCUUUAAUUAUUUAAGGCUGCUUUGAUAUUGUUAGCUCACUCUUGCUUGUUACCUGCCCCUGGAAGUGUUUCGAGAAUGGCUGCCACAGUUGCUUUCUUGGUUGGCAUAUCUGUGUGCAGUAGAUGGCAGUGAGUGGUAUUUGAACAUUUUUAUUGAUUGUAUUUGUUGUGCCGGUUGAAAAGUGAAAAUAUUGGCAGUCAGGAUUGUGAAGAAGAGUAGCUACAGAAAUUAAGCCAUUGUUUUGUAAGAAUUUAUAUGAUGAAAUAUUUAAAGUCAAAUUUAGUAUGUAUGUGACCUUGAACCCUGUGUUAUCACAUUCCUCAGUCUAAACCUUAUGUAUGCAUGUAUAAUCUAAUGUAGGCAUAUCAAGUCCUCUUGGGCAUGAAGGCAGAGGUUAAGAGAUCACAUUAUUUUAAAAGUGACAUAAUAAUCAUAGGACAAAAUCGGGAAGGAAUAGACAAAAAAAUGUUGUUUGUGGUAAAUAUUCUUCAAGAAAAACCAUCGUAUAUGACUUGCACUGAGUUGCAGCUCGUAUGUCACACAAUGCAUAUUGACGAACACUGUUGCAACUACUUGCAUCGCUCAAUUUUCACGUGGGUCAGCAUGCUCGAGAAUUUUCUGUAUCUUUGAUCAGUGGGUCUAUCAUUUGGUAUUUAAUCUGGCUAGCAUGUUAUAUUGUUUUUGUACUGUACUGUUUAUGCUAAAACUGCUGGUCACUUUUUGCACUGCUUUCCAUCAUUGGGAUAUGCAAGUUGUCCAACUAUCUUGACAUCUGUAUGCUUUCAUAUGUAAGUCAUUCCAGGUUAAAGGAUAACACAA